AUGGGUAGUCAUGACAGCGACCCAGCUCUCUCAAACUACAAGACCUUUUCCCUGACCAACUUCAUCAUUGGCUCGUCGGCCCUGUGCUUCCAAAUCUUCGUCCUCUAUCCCUGGCACGAAAAGCUCGAAGAGGAAUUCAUCCAGCUAAAGAAGGAGCACGUGAGACUGUUGGAAGAGACACGCCAGCAUCACAGAGAUGAGUUGAGGGGAAUCCGAGAACAGCUGCAGCUGGCCAACGAGAGGAGGAUGACUGGAAAGUUCUGGUAG